GCUUCAAAGACUGCCAGACUACCUUUGACCACCAGUAAUGUUCAUAACCCGAAACUUAAGCCCGUUUGUACGGGCUGUCUUCCGGGGCUUACCGAAAAAAACACCCGUGCGAUACUACUCCAUUCAAGAUGUCGUACUCGAGGAAUACGAAGAGCUCCAUCCGUCGCUUAUCAAACGUGCUAAAGACUUGGAGGUUGAAUUAUCCGAGCUUGAGAAAAAAAUCUCAGGCGGGUUGAACUUUGACGUGAAUAUUUCCAAAAAGUUUUCCAAGCUCGCGUCGACGAUUGAGAUAUACCAGAACUACGUGGACAUGCUAUCCAACGUCAAAGAGUUGAAGGAUAUUGUGAACGAGGCUAACCAGGACCCAGAAAUGGAGGAAGAAGCCAUUAAUGAGCUUCUCACUGCAAUUCCAGACCUUAUUGCUGCCUCUGCCAAGUUGAGAACCAGAUUAUUACCGGAACACCCGUUCGCAGAAAAGGCUAGCAUGCUCGAGUUCAGACCGGGUGUAGGGGGUUCCGAGGCGGCAAUUUUCACCGAGGAUCUCUUGAACAUGUACCAGUCAUAUGCCCACCACAACAACUGGAAGUCCGAGCUCAUCUCGCUUACUGAAGCACCUGGGGCUGGAAUCACCGAGGCAGUGCUCACGAUCAAUGAGGCCGGCUCCUUCGACAGACUUCGCUUCGAAUCGGGCGUGCACCGAGUGCAGAGAGUCCCAGACACCGAGAAACUGGGCAGAGUGCACACCUCCACCGCUGCGAUUGUGGUGUUACCGCAGAUGUCUGAUGAGAGAGACUUGGACAUCAAGGACAUGAUGGACACGCGUGAGUUCAAACCGGAAGAUAUCAAGAUCGAGACAAUGAGAUCCCGAGGCAAAGGAGGACAACACGUCAACACCACUGACUCCGCUGUGAGACUAACUCACUAUCCAUCGGGGAUUCUGGUCAUGAUGCAGACUGAGAGAUCACAACACCGAAACAAGGCCCGUGCUUUUGAGAUUCUACGCGCGCGGUUGGCAGAAAGGGAGCAGGCUGCGGCACUGGCUGCGGAAAAGAAGUUGCGAACGGACCAGGUCACCACCACCGACAGGUCUGACAAGAUCAGAACCUAUAACUACGUCCAGAACCGCAUCACUGACCACCGGUGUGGGUUCUCGCUCUUUGACUUGCCCAACGUUAUGAACGGAACCCGGUUGGACGAGAUGAUUGACGCCGUAGAGGCCAAGGAGACAGAAGAUCGGUGUAAUGCACUCACCAAGGAGAUGUAAUUGCUCCCGCUUUGGAACACUUGUAUAUAGAGAAAGAGCGGAGGGAUUAUGGAUAUUUAUUUGACGUAUUAAUUUCACAGAAACUAAAUGGAUUGAUACGGAUAUUUAUUUUAAUACAUAGGAUACUAAGAGAAGUCGUUACAGUUGGACUUUUU